UCACAACUUGAAGCUUAUUUAGUGCCUGGCAUUACUCAUGUGGGUUAGACUUAUGAACUGUUUUUCAUGUCAUGUUUUCUGUGUUUGGUAUAUGUGGACCCAAAAGUGGUUUCUUGAUGCGCCCUUUCAUGGUCACAAUUAAUAUAUUUUCAGUCCAAAGAAGAUGAUGGCCAUGUAAUUGAUGGUAUCUUCUCUUCAACUCCAGAAUGUAAGGCUUGCAAAGGUAGCACUUAGGCCUGGUGCGGGUAACAUGGUGAACGGAAUUCUGUGGAAGCUACUUUUACUGAAGGGAAAAAACUCACUUUCACUACCUAAACUGGUGGGUGAUGAACGUGCAAAAGCACGCUCUCUGGCAACUAUUUAUUCACAUCCGGUGGUUCCUCACGAACCAUCCUUGCAUAUGGAUGAUUUUGUCCGCAUCAAAACCGGCAUGCAGACUUUCAUACAAGCCGGGUUAUUGAAAGACGGUCUAUCUUCAGUUCAGGAUGAGAGUGCAGGUCAGUUCUUUUUCUAGACCUUACCCCAACC